AUGACUGUUAAGAACGACAACUUUGGUGGCUUCAAAUUCGAGAACAGCAGUAGGAUCAUUAAUGUACGUGUCAUGUAUGAGAAUGUCACGACAAUUGGUGACAUCAAAAUUGGGAUGAGAUGUGUAGGGUCUAGAGAUACGGAGCACGUAAAUGUUGUUGCGGUACUGCAAGUGAGGAUGAGGUCUAGUGGGGUGUUGCUAACGUUGGCUGAUGAGAUGUUGAGUAGUGAUAUCAAUUCGGGGUUGCUGAGGCUGAGCAGCUAUGGCAAGUUGAGAGGCGAAGUGCGUGUGAUGAAGAUGAUCAGGACGCGUGCAACUGCGGAAAUGAAUUGCAGUAUGUGUCUUAAUUUCACCAGCAGAGCAAUUCAGGAUUUGCUAUGCAUGUGA